AUGACGACCCCUCCAAAUACAGAAUCACAAAGGCUCAAGACUAUUGUUCUAGAUGGCGAGCGGCUCAUCGAGGCCAGGGUCCGUCUCCAGGCCGGCAAGGAUGCCAUUUUACAGAAAUCUUUUGAAGAAUUGAAAGGCAAAGCGGACGAAUGGCUCACCCAGGGUCCAUGGUCUGUGAUGGAAAAGAUCAAAGCUCCCCCAGGCGGGGAUAUGCACGAUUACACCAGCCAAGCGCCUUACUGGUGGCCAUCGCCCACACCAGAUGGGAAUCCAUAUGUGCAGAGAGAUGGAGAGAGGAACCCUGAAGUGCUCAAUUAUAGCGAUCGCGUGAAUGUUGAAAAAGUCUUUGCCUCAUCAUCGGCUCUUGGCCUCGCAUGGUUUUACACCGGCAAUGAGGCAUAUGCCCGACACGCUGCGAACAUCAUCAGGACAUGGUUCAUAAACCCACAAACCCGAAUGAAUCCAAAUCUUAACCACGCACAGCUUAUCCCGUUUCAGAACACUGGCCGACAUAUUGGAAUAAUCGACUUUUCUCAAUGGUACACUACACUCCUCGACAUCGCCGUCAUUUUAGAUAGCGGUAGUCCGUCUGGCGGAUCAGCGCCUGGGUGGCAAGUCGAAGAUAUGGAUGGGUUCCGUGAGUGGAAUCGAGAAUUCUUACAAUGGCUGACUGAGAGCGAGUUUGGCAAAGCUGAGAGGGCAGAAAAAAACAAUCACGGUAGUUUUGCCAGUAUGCUCGUGUCUGCUAUAGCUCUUUUUGUUGACAACAAGGAGCUUGUUAAGCGGGAGGUAGCGAAUAUUCGAGAGGACAUUAAUGAGACGAUCAGGCCUGAUGGGGCCCUGCCCGAAGAACUUCGACGUACUCGAAGCUGGCACUACUCCAACUUUACUUUAUUGGCACUGACUCGACUCGCUAUGGUGGCCAAGAAAGUUGACGAGGAUCUUUGGAGCUACAGAGGGCCACAAGGACAAGGAAUCACCAAGGCUAUUGAAUACAUUAUACCAGCUGCAACUGGUGAUGCUACUUGGACAUAUGAGGAGUACCAGUUUGAACGGUACGCCGCUGCUGAUGUUAUUCGUGCCGCUGCUGAUGCUGGCCAUGAGCAAUCUAAGCAGGCGAUUGCCAAAAUUGAAACACCUCUGGGGGAUUUAUGGCCCUUACGACCUGCACCUGAGCAGUUAGAGCCUGUAAAGGCUAACCCAAUCAUCUCUUGA